CUCCCCAAGAUGGCGGCGCUAGGUGUAAACAAGGUCGGCGCUGGCGCUGUGCUGGACGCCGGCCGGGGGCCCGGUGGCAGCGGCCGGGGGGCGGUUGGCGCUGCCGUGAAGGUUCUUGAGUGUGGAGUCUGUGAAGAUGUAUUUUCUUUGCAAGGUGACAAAGUUCCCCGGCUGCUUCUGUGUGGCCAUACUGUCUGCCAUGACUGUCUUACCCGGCUUCCCCUUCAUGGUAGAGCAGUUCGUUGUCCCUUUGAUCGACAAGUUACUGAACUAGGAGAUUCUGGUGUCUGGGGCUUGAAGAAGAACUUUGCUUUGUUGGAACUGUUGGAACGACUGCAGAAUGGACCUGCUGGACAGUGUGGGACAACAGAAGAAGCUAUUGAUCUAUCUGGAGAGUGUAUCAUCCGUUGUGAUGAAGACGAAGCCCAUGUUGCAUCUGUUUAUUGCACUGUCUGUGCCACUCACCUGUGUGCAGACUGUUCCCAGCUUACUCACUCUACCAAGACACUAGCGAAACACAGGCGUGUACCGCUUGCUGAUAAGCCUCACGAGAAGACCAUGUGCUCCCAGCACCAAGUGCAUGCUAUUGAGUUUGUUUGUUUAGAAGAGGGCUGUCAGGCCAGUCCCCUCAUGUGCUGUGUCUGCAAAGAAUAUGGGAAGCAUCAAGGUCAUAAGCAUUCAGUCUUGGAGCCGGAAGCAAAUCAGAUUCGUGCAUCCAUUUUAGACAUGGCCCACUGUAUAAGAACUUUCACAGAGGAGAUCUCGGAUUAUUCCAGAAAAUUAGUUGGAAUUGUUCAGCAAAUAGAAGGAGGAGAACAAAUAGUUGAAGAUGGAGUUGGAAUGGCCCAUACAGAACAUGUACCAGGGACUGCAGAGAAUGCGCGCUCAUGUGUCCGAGCCUAUUUUUCUGAUCUUCACGAAACCCUUUGUCGUCAGGAGGAAAUGGCUCUUAGUGUUGUUGACGCUCAUGUGAGAGAGAAGUUGAUUUGGCUUAGACAACAGCAAGAAGACAUGACCAUCCUGUUGUCACAGGUUUCAACAGCUUGCCUUCAUUGUGAAAAGACUUUACAACAGGAUGACUGCAGAGUAGUGUUGGCCAAACAGGAAAUUACAAGACUACUAGAGACACUACAAAAACAGCAGCAGCAAUUUACAGAGCUUGCAGAUCACAUACAGCUGGAUGCUAGCAUACCUGUUACUUUUACAAAGGACAACAGGGUGCAUAUUGGACCAAAAAUGGAGAUUCGGGUUGUCACUUUAGGACUGGAUGGAGCUGGCAAAACCACUAUUUUGUUCAAGUUAAAGCAAGAUGAAUUCAUGCAGCCAAUUCCAACAAUAGGUUUUAAUGUUGAAACGGUAGAAUAUAAGAAUCUGAAGUUUACUAUUUGGGAUGUAGGAGGAAAGCACAAAUUGAGGCCCUUGUGGAAGCAUUAUUACCUCAAUACACAAGCGGUGGUGUUUGUUGUUGAUAGCAGUCAUAGAGAUAGGGUCAGCGAAGCACACAGCGAACUUGCAAAAUUAUUAACAGAGAAGGAAUUGCGGGAUGCCUUGCUGUUGAUCUUUGCCAAUAAGCAGGAUGUAGCAGGUGCACUUUCAGUGGAAGAAAUCACGGAACUGCUGAGUCUACACAAACUCUGCUGUGGCCGGAGCUGGUAUAUUCAGGGUUGUGAUGCCAGAAGUGGUACAGGACUUUAUGAAGGAUUGGACUGGCUUUCAAGACAACUUGUGGCUGCUGGUGUCCUGGAUGUGGCUUAGUUUCACAGCAGUUGCAGUUUAAGGUUGUAGUUAGUUUUUUUUGUUGUUGUUGUUUUGUUUUGUUUGCACGAUUUAGGAUGUUGUAGAUGGGUCUGCUGUCUGAAGAGGGGACUUUAUUUCACUUGGUGGUUACAGAAACACAUAAGCCUUUCAUCCUAGGUUUGAUUGGUUCAGUAAAUCUGUGCAACUGUUUGUGUUUUUUGAAAUUUGAUACAUUUAAUGUGAUGGGUUAGUUAAAAGGGUGCCUUGAAAUUCUUUUUGGCAAAAUUAGGUUGUUUCAACUCUUCCCUGAUAAGUAUGUGCUUUGGAGUUUAUCUGAUAAUCAUGACAUGGUCACAGUAGCUAGUGGGUAUCAGAAAAUUUGAGUGAUUUAGAAAUACUUUGCCAGGAAACCAUUCUAAAAGUUCAUCUCAAGCUAUUUGGAAUAGUAAAUUCUAGCUGUUGGUCAGAAACAAAUGGUGCUACUUUUAGUAUCUUAAAUGCAUUCACCUGAAGUUGGCAUUGAAAAUUACGUGUGAAUAUGCUGUAAGAGAAGAACAUCAUUUCCCUCCACACCUUAUUUAUUAACUUCCCUGUUUGUUACCAGAAGAAAAAGGAGCAUAAUUUAUUGAGGAGGAAUUGAGCAUGGGGAACUGUGUUGCGGUGCUGGUGGGCUGUGGCAUUGCCUAGUGCAUGUUUGGUGUGGUGAGGGAAGAGUUGUUAAAAGUGGGCAUAUGCUAAAUUAUUUAUGGACAGAAUAUAGCGAUACUGAGGUGGGGGUGUUUUGUGUAUGCUUAAGAACAUCAUCUGUCUUCAGAUAUCAGAGAUUUAAAUUUGAUUCAGGAAGUCAAAUGAAGCUUAAAAAAAUUCCUAAAGAAGCAAUGUGGUGUAACAUCAGUUAAGCUAUGUACUUUUAUGUAGAGGUCAUGCUUCCAGAAUAAGGUAGUAGCCUUAAAAUAUUAAAUAACCUGUCGUAAAACCAGCAUACAACUAAUUAUAACUCUUACUUAGAACAGCAGAUGUUAAAACGUGACAUAAACUUUCUGAAUUUAGAUUGUGUUCAUUCUUACUAUAUCUUCUACAUGAACUGUCAGCAGUAUCUCUAUUUUUAAAGGUAAUUCAUUCAGAAACCAAUGAAAUAUGGAUGUAGCAUUCUUUAAAUUUAAAGAAGGUUGAAGUGACUUACUGAUGUCUCCUUUUUUGCUGUGCACACAGUUAAUUUAUCUGUCUGGUAUGCACACCUAGUAUAGAAUCUUCUGGCCCUUCUUUCUCUGCACAGCCUUUGCCAGUUGAAGAAUCUAUGCCAUGCACCACUGCACAUCAGUAGAGGAGUUACGACUAGCAUAGCCAAUAGAUCAAAAUCACAUAUCAUUUUUCUUCCUAGGGUAGAGAUAAACAGGGAGAAUCAGCAGAAGUGAGCAGUGUUGUUUCACAGAGUUCUUGUUUCUUGUUUUUUUGCCAUGCUGAAAAGCCUAUUUAUCUGGUGAGGGCUCUGAGCCCCGUCUGGAGGAGAAAAUGCAUCUCAUCAUCAGUGGCUAUGACUAAUGUAGUAGUAUCAGUUUUCUGAUGUUUUCUCACUACAUACAUUAGGUAAAGCUAAGAAUGUAUGAACAAGUAAUUUAGUACAAUUGCACUUUUUUGAGAGGAAGCAGUGGUGGUAACUACUCCUUUCUCAUGAUAGUUGCUUAUAGCUUUCUCUUACUUAAGUUUAGCACCAUUUUUGUGAAGUGCAGCUGCAAAUUUAGCAAGAUUAAUGACUUGAGAUUAAGAGCUGCUGGAAAAAAACCUAAGCUUUAAAGUAGGUGUUUGUGAAAUAGGCUUACAUGCCUACAGACAUGUACAGAUGCAGAGAAGGAGCGGUUACUCUUUCUUUGGAAAACACUUGGUAACUUUUGUACGUAGUUUACAACUGCUUUGCUGUUGCACACCAACUGAAAAUUGUUCAUCCUUCCCAGCCUGCAGCUUCUUGCACAGUAGACAGCUGGCUGCUGUGACCUGAGUAUUUGCUUGGCCUGUACUGCAGAGCUGUUCCAGAUCUAGUUAGAGCUGACUGUCCUUUUAUAGCUCUAUUUAUAAAAUAUGAACAAAUUCUGCUAAGUGUGAGAGUUACUUUGCUGGAACACUUCUAACAGAAAACACAUGCAUUCUCUAAAAUCCUGAACCUGAAAUUUUGUUUUAGUUGGCUCAAGCUUUGGAAGCACAAGCCUCCAACUAUUAGCUGUAGUUCUAAUUAGAACUUUAAAAUGUUCAAGGUGACCAGUUUGCUUUUUCUGUAACAGUACAUUUGGAGACAGAUACUCACUCAUGUAUAUUUUUGAGUGCAAAAGGAUUGCUUGUGACAUGUGUGGAAUGCUACCAUUAAAGUGUUUUUAAGUGGAACUUACUUAAGAUGACUUCAAGUAACUGUGAAAAAUGUUGCAUUUGUGAACUCUUUUGUGUUAACAGGUACACAUGGAGGUUUACUUGUAUUAUAAGUUAAUAUUAUAUAUAACUGUUUCGGUUGUAAAUUUAAGCUUGUUUCACCAUUUUUAUUGAACUUCUAGUUUUUAGUGUACUGACUUAUGCAAUGUGUAACUGGAAUAUUUCCUCAACUAGAACUUACGCAAACGUUAUAACUACAUGGAUUAGUUGAAAGACUGAACAAAUUUUCGUAAGAUUUUGAUUUAAAUGUGAACCUGAGUAAAUACAGCAUUCAGUAGUGG